GCACACGAUCUACUCAUCUAUCUCGACAUCCAUCUACCGUUAAUCCCCUCUUGCAUUUAAAAACACUCAGAUUCGUUCACAGCUACAGCUCAACGAAGAUGCCGAACAUAUCAGACGUGCCCCGAUUACCGGGUACAGAUUUCGACCGAUGCAAACUCGACGUCUUCCGCGUAGCAGCAGCGAUGCACAUCUCAAAAGGCCUCGACAUCCCCGUCGAAACCGCCUUCAUGGGUGUCGACCUCGGCAAAAAAUCUGAUUUCACCGUGGCGGUCCCGCGAUAUCGUCUCAAGGCUAAACCAACAGACUUGGUGGCGAAAGUAGUCGAAGCAUUCCAACCAGACGAACUCAUCGAACGAGUAACCUCUGAUGGUGUCUUCGUACACUUUUACUCCCGAACAUCCACCCUCGCCCGACUCAUCCUCGACCAGAUUAACGAACUCUCAAAACCGAGCGAGAAGUACCCACAUGGAGCGUACGGGACACUCACAAGUGGUGUUGGGAAGAAAAUCAUCAUCGAGUUUAGCGCUCCGAAUAUCGCCAAGCCGUUCCAUGCUGGACAUUUGCGGAGUACGAUUAUUGGGACUUUCUUAUCGAAUUUGUUCGAAGCGUGUGGGUGGGAGGUGAUAAGAUUUAAUUAUCUGGGAGACUGGGGCAAACAAUUCGGCCUCCUUGCAGCCGGUUUCGAACGCUACGGCUCCGAAGAAAAUCUCCAAGAAAACGCAAUCAUGCACCUUUUCAACGUCUACGUCGCCAUCAACAAAGACGCUAAAGCAGAAGAAGAAAGCGGUGGACCUGAAGAGGUGAACGAAAAAGCGAAAGCAGUAUUCCGUGCGAUGGAAGAUGGAGACGAGAAGACCCUCGCUUUAUGGCGCCGAUUUCGUGACCUGUCCAUCAAGGCGUACGAAAAGGUGUAUGCGAGGUUGAACGUAAGGUUUGAUGUGUAUUCUGGGGAGUCGCAGGUUGAACCUGCGAGGAUCCGUACUGCGCUGGAGAAACUCAAGGCGAAAAAUCUUCUGACGACGAAAACGAAAGACGAGAGUCGACUUGGGAAAGACAAGUUCCGCGAAGAAAAGGAGAAAAAAGAAGACAACAAUACCGACGACGUAGAUGACGCAACAGACCAACUCGCCGAAGCCAACCUAGACGACUCACAAUCCGGACUCGCACUAGCAGUCGACUUAUCACAAUGGAAACUCGGCAAACCCGUCGUCCAAAAAGCAGACGGAACAACAAUCUACGUCGUACGCGACAUCGCAGGAGCAAUCCAACGCUAUGACACCUACAACUUCGACAAAAUGAUCUACGUCAUCGGGGACCAACAAGACCUCCACGUCGCUCAAUUCUUCAAAAUCCUCUCACUAAUGGAAGAACCCUUCGUACCCGGUCUCGAGCACGUAAAUUUCGGGAAGGUCAACGGAAUGAGUACCCGUCGAGGUGAAGUGAAGUUUUUAGAAGAGAUAUUGGAUAUGGCGAAAGAAGCGAUGAUGAACCAGAUGAAGAGUAACGAAGAGAAGUUUAAAGCUAUCGAAGACCCGGAGGAGACGUCCGAUCAAAUUGGUAUGACGUGUGUGAAGAUUCAGGACAUGCAGUCGAAGCGGGUUAUCUCGUAUAACUUUGAUCCGGCGAGGAUGACUUCGUGGGAUGGUGACACUGGAGCGUAUUUGCAGUAUGCGCAUGUGCGGAUGUGUUCUGUCACGAGGAAGGUGGCUCAGAACCAGGUUGUGUUGAGGGAGGAUGUUGGGACGAUUAAUGUGGAUUUGCUUACUGAGCCGAAGGCUCGUGAGAUUGUGUAUUUGUUGGCGACAUAUCCGGAUUUCGUACGUGCGGCGUUCAAAACGUACGAGCCUAGUACGAUUGUGUCGUAUUGCUUCAAACUUGCCCACCUAAUAAGCUCAGCCUGGGAGACGCUAAUCGUGAUAAACCAAGAAGAAGAAAUCGCUCAGGCACGGUUAUAUCUCUUCACGUGUGCACGACUCGUACUGUCGAGUGCAAUGCGGUUGUUGUCGCUUACACCACUUGAGCGAAUGUGAGGUCUUCUCGUACCUAGAAUUAUGCUGUCUUCUUGUUUUUUGCUUUGAUAUCACGAUAAUCAUAGAGUAGCCAGCUGUACGAGUUUUCAAACUUAUGCUACCUCAA